UUCUAUUUUCUAUUAAAGAUUGUUAUUUAUUUAUUGUAUUUAAUUAAAGUAUUUUUAUUCAUUUUUGAAAGACGAACACACAUAUUAUCACAAUAUAUAAAAUUAUAAUUAAAUAAAAUGUAGGUUAUCAAAAAUUAACGCGUUCUUUGCUAAUAUACUUUUUAUCUUCAUCAUACCAACUUUUACAUCGAAAUUCAUUUCCAAAAAUCUCAGUUGCAACAAGAUAUACUGGAUAGUGAAAUGAGUAUCAAGAUAUAGAGGUCGAGAAAGAUGUAGAGUUUAGAGCUUAAAAAUCUACUUAUCAAAUCACUCAACUAAUAAGUAAAAAUAAGCUCUAAACCAAGAAUUGCAUUUAUAUGACUUGUGAAACUUUGCUAAGCUUUGGAAAAAUUCAAUAUAAACGUGAAACUAAUAAAUGAUAUUCUUUGUAUUGACACUUUUUAUGGAAAUUUGGGAGGAUGCAUUUUUUAACUAAUUUAAUUAUUAUUUGGGAUGGAAUUUUAUCCCAGGAUGAAUAUUUACAAAACAUCUCACAGAGUCGUUACAUUAUUCAAGUAUGGAAUGGAGGAAACGGAUAUGAAAAAAAUUUAAUCGAAAAAGGAUAUAAUAUCAUAAUUAGUAGUAUAAAUCCGUUUUACCUCGAUUGCGGAUUCGAUGUUCAUUGCCAAAAUUAUAACACCUGGGAAAACAUUUAUGAUUUUCGGAUAUUCAACGAAUUCAAUAUAAACGAUGAGGUUCGUCAUAAAAUUCUAGGAUCCGAAGUAACAGUAUGGACAGAAAAAAUCGACGAUUCAUAUUUAGACAGUAGGAUAUGGCCAAGAGCUUCAGCAAUGGCAGAAAUAUUUUGGUCUGAACCCGAUGAAACAUCUUCUAAAGUUAAACAAAGAUUUUUGUAUCACAGAGAAAGACUUGUACAAAUUGGAAUAGGUGCUGAAGCAAUUGAUACCGAAUGGUGUAUUCAAAAUGGAAGAGAAUGUUCGAAUUUNCAUCUCCAAAUGUUGAAUCACUAUUCUUUUAUUCCAUAUCCAGAUUCGGAAUCAUCGCCGUUUUUAGGGGAAGAAUCUCUAGAUCUAUAUUUACCCUUAUUCUUGAAGAAUAAAUAUUUAUUUUUUAAUAGUUUACAUGAAUUUUUGUUCUUUGAGUGCGCCAAUUCAGGUACGAUAUCCGCGUAUUCUUCGGAUGAGCCCGAUCUUGAAGACCGGCGAUAA